GAAUAAUGGCUGCGAUAUCGAUGACUCUGUGCGAACUCAGCACUGCGAACCACCACUCACCUCCUCUGGAGUGCGUCGCGUUCUCUACCGAGUCGCGCUCGUCUCGACCCCCUGCCCACGGACCAGCGCAUAGAAGUUGCGUUGAAGCAUUGUCACGUAGUGCUCAGUAUUGGUCGAGCUACUCUGGAUACUUGCGUGAAGUUUCGCAAUUGUGCUACGCGUUUCGGCGUUGGAACGACAUUGAUACCGCCAGGGAUAUAUACCGGAAUGCAACACUGGAGAAAGUGACGCUGCUUCAAUACCUCAAUGAUCGGGAACUCAAGCUACGCCAAGCGGAGGAAAUUUCUCAGCUCCUUUUACGGGAUAUCCUAGAUGGGGUCUCAAAUUUUCGCUCCUCUGCCACGGACACACAAUCAGCUAUUCAGGAUCUGGUUCGUAAAGUAUCAGCGGGGUUCGAUCAGGGCGCGCUUGCUCUGGCGGAUGCUAUCAGUCUGCUCCUCGCACAUGCCGAACACAAUCAGAUGGAAGCAAUUUUGCGGCAUUCGACAUCACUGGACCUCGUCUCGACGUCGACACAGCGGUCCUUCCACGACCAUGUCGAGGGAAUCUUCGCAAUCUCGAGGCGAUACUUCGCGGACAUAGGCGAUGUUGCAGGCGAGAUCUAUAUGCGCUUGUCGGUCGUGGGCGGUGAGCUCGGGGACAUGCACCAGGCAGGUCACAACCUCCCAUACAGCGCUCCGUUCUCUUUCUCACACGGAACCCAGUCUGUUUCCCAGCUAGCCACCUCCCUAUCCGCUCUUGGCUCCCAAGUCGACUCCAACCUCGCCCAAGCGCAAGACACGCACGCGCUACAAGUGGAGUCCUCCGAAGCCGCCUUAGACCUCGCGAACUCCCUCGCGGAACUCAGCGCGGCCGCACAUCAUGAGAUGCAAAACAUCUCUGGCACCGCAGAAGGAAUCCGCGAGAGCAUGCUGGACGCCGCGGCGGAGGCGCUCGGUCCUGACUGGCUCGCGUGGGGAAGGGCGUUCGCUUUGUGGGUGUGCGGUGUGAUCCUGCGUGUGGAUCCCUCGAGUCUAGAGCACGUCGCCGCUCUCCCCAUGGUUCGCGCGCUCAUCGCCGCAACUCGGGUGGCGAGCUGGUGCGUGAGGGCAGCCGCUUCCUCGUCUGUGAGUGUGCUAUUGCUCGUGCUGUCCGCGAGGCGCUGGCUAGGCAGCUUGCCAAUGCUAGCCUCGAGCCAAGACCCAGAGAGGUACGUCCCCUCGUGUCGCACGACCGCACUGAAUCGCAGACCCCUGGAUCUGGUCACAGCGACUAUGCGACUACUCCGAAGCCUGGGACCCUCAGUAGCGCACGGGCGAUCCCCUCUAUCGGCUGGUCUGAGCAGCAGCGCUAUCGGCCCAACUGUUCUCUCUCGCCGUCAAUUUCUCCAAAGCCAGCAAGACGUUACCGCCCUCGAGUCUCGCGCAUCCCAGACCGAUUGUGCAACCCCUCCGCCUCUUGACCGGAACAUCUGCCCUGAGCUUGCAUCGAACCUUGAC